AUGAAUCCAAGAAAUGUAUUUAUUAUAUUGUUAAUAAUAUCAACAGGAUCAGCUGAAGACUGUUCUAAUGUCCAGUGCCCAGGACCAUUAAGUUUCUAUUCAGAAAUUGGAUGUCAACCAGUGUAUAAAAAUCCAGGUGAUUGUUGUGCAUAUAAAUACGAUUGUCCUUUACGAAAGAAUAAUUAUUGUUACAUAAAUGGUCAAGAAUACAGUCCAGGUGAAGUGAUGAGAAAAGAGGAUUCAGGACCAUGUGAUAGAUGUACUUGUGAAAUUAAUUAUUUAGGAAUUGGUAGUUUUUUAUGUUCAUCACCAUCAUGUGCUUAUGUACCAAUUCCUGACGGUUGUCGUUUGGUUCACUCAAUGGAAAAUUGUUGUUCAACAAGACUGAUAUGCCAAACAUUUCCAUAUGGUUAUUCGCUAAAAUGGUUUGUAAAAGUUACAUUCAAUGAUGUAACUGUUCCUGUUUGCAUUGUUGAUGGAAAAACUUAUCAAGAAGGUGAAUUUUUUAUACCAAGUAAAGAACCAAACAAGAAGUGUUAUUGUAGUGCAGGAUACAAUGGUACCAAUGUAAUGCCAUUUUGUUACGAGCAAAAAGGUGAAUGCAAAACUGAAAAGCAUUACAACGAUAUGAUUGCUAUGAAUUGUCCACCUGUUUAUGGUUCUGAGGGUUCAUGUCCAACUGGGUUCAGAUGUGAAGAAACAAACAGUGUGAUUAUUCACCAUAAUCAUAACAAUGAAAAUGAAAAUUCGCAAAGUAAUAGUACAGAAGCUGGAGUGUGUAAAUUUGGAAGUACGACUCUUAAAAUUGGUGAUGAAAUUGCAGAAGGAAAUACAUGGAUAUCAAGAUGUAUGAAAUGUGUUUGUGAAGUACCACCUGUUGUUACCUGUCGACGUUUAUCAGUUUCAAUUUCAUCAAGUUAUCCAUGUUCUUUUUAAAUUAAAAAUAUACAAUCAAUAGUGGUUGUAAAAAAAUUAGUAUGCAAUAUAGAUUAUUAUAGUUU